GGCGAUUUGACUAAUUUUUCGUUUGAUUUUUAAUAGGUUAUUCUAGUUUCGAUAGAUUUUCUUGUUGUGUUUUUUUUUUGCCUUUACGAUUCCAUAUAGUUCGAUCUUAGUUUUUUUCUUUUCUUUUGGCUUUGUUUUAGUUGAGCAUCGGUGAUGAAUCCAUGAAAAAAUUGUUAUCCUUGCACUUUGAUUGUUAGUGAAGAUAAAAUUGGGGUUUUCAAUUCUGAGAUGCUUCUGUUUUCUUUUUCUUUAUCGUGUUUUGUUUUCGUGCGACUCAGUGAUCGAUUAUGUUUUCGUGUAUAGAUUGGAUCGAUGAUUUCUUAGUUUAUUAAACUGCGUUAUCUAUCUGCAAAUCUCUUAUAUGGGUUUGAAGAUAAACCAUAAAAAUCCUGAGAUCCCGUGUUUAUACUAGCACUUUUCGUUUUUUUUAUCAACGUGUAUUCAAGUCUGAUUUUGUUAAUGAUAGAAUCAGAUCAAUGAUGUCAAUUUUAAAACUGCGUUAUCUAUCUUAAUAUCUCCGAAACAGGAGUUGCAGAAAACUAUACAGAAAACGCUGAGAUCUGAUAGCCUAAUUCAACUGAUUUGUUUAUGAUAAAUAGAUCUUUGUUUUGUUUUUUGGUUUUGAUUCGCGAAAGCCUAAUUUGCAUUUGGUAAUCGUAGAUGUCGAGGAGUUAGACAUAUGGAAUGUGACAUAAUAGGUUUAUGACACGAACCCAUAGAUUAUGUAAAAUGAGAAAGUGCUGGUGGUGUAUUGGCUUCCUAGUUAACAAAUGUAUUUGCGAUGCGGGUCGAACAACCGAAUGUGUUACUUGAUGAGCCAACCCAAAUCCAAAGUAGUCCCUUAGUAAUCACAAAAUAAGAUAAUUAAGCGAAGAUAAUUAAGUUUAAGAUUGAAAUGAAGGUGUCUUAAUCAAUUCAAUGGAGUCCUUGUAUUAAUCACAAAAGUUUUAAAAUUAAGAUGAAUUCUGUUAUGCACGAGAAUAUAUAUCAUUAAAGACGAUUGAAGAUGGUUUAUCAUUAAAGACGAUUGAAGAUGGUUUAAUCAAUCAAAAGGAGUCCCAAUAUUAGUCACAAAAGUUUUGAAAUUAAGAUGAACUCUGUCAAUAAAGACUAACAUUGCAUUUCAUAAUUAAUUAUUUUUAAAUUUUUCAUUUUUUUUUAAUAAAGUAUGUUUAUUUCGAGAAAAAUAUAUAAUUACAUACGGAAAUAUAUAAAUUAUGUAAAAUGAUUUAUAUGUUAAGUCUGAUUUUUGUAAUUUACGUAUGAAAAAUAAACUGGAAAAUUCCAUUAUGUUUCAAGAUGACUUUAGUGAAAUUAUUAGGCCCAAUAUUAAUGUGGUUAAAAAGGUGGACAUCUCUAAAACUGGUAUAAUUCGGAAUUACUUUCAAUUAUGUCCCUUUGCGCAAGAAACAAAGAUUUGGCGUUACCGCCAAAACGAGAACUUAUCCCGGCAAAAUCGAAUUCAGUGACUCGAAAAUCUCCCGCUCUUUGUGGUUUUUCGAAUCUUAGUCGGAGCAAUGGUGAGGCCGAACAGAUCCAAAACUGCGGAGCGUGUAGGCAAGGGUAAAGUCACUCCGGUGCAGGUCGCUUACCUCGUCGAUCGAUACCUUUGCGAUAAUCGAUUCCUAGAGACCCGAUCCCUCUUCAGAUCUGAAGCUUCUUCCCUCAUCUCCAAAUCCCCUGUUCGUGAAGUUCCGAACAGUUUGAUACCUCUUGAUGACAUCUUGAACGAAUACAUUAGCCUCAAGGAGCAAAAAGUGGUGCUUGAUCAGGAGAAAGUUAGACUGGACCAGGAGAAAACCCGGGUUCAGAACCUAUUGAAUGGAAUGCAGAAUGUUAUGAACGUUUACAACUCCACCGCAGCAGCUCCUCCUCCGGCGAUCUCAUCGGCAGCUCCGGCGGCUAUGCAAGUGGUUGCCUCUACUUCUCAACCGAGCAACUUGGGCGUCUCUCCUUCAGACGGAACAGCUAAUCUUAUGCCAGCAUCAUUGCCAGGAAACAAGAGAGUUGGGAAUUUCACAGAGCCUUGUUGCAGUCAAUCUAUGAGCAAGAAGCGAAAGAGUCCUGAGGUUUCUGUAGGAGCUCCUUGUGUCUCUAAGAAAGGUCGUUUGUUCUACUUCCAAGUUUGUAUGAAAACGAUUCCACGACCUGGUAAGGCCGUUAACUACUUGACGUUUCAAACAUCAUCACCCGAAUUACAAACGCCGGUGGAUAACAGCGCAGCUAAUGAGUCAUCAAGUGUGGCAAAGUGUUUGUUUAGCAGACCAGAGAUGUCAACUCCGACCAACAAUUCAGCUGCUCUGAGGACACCACAAAAGCAAGUAUCUCCGCGUAGCGAUGUUUCUUCUGUCACUCCCCAGGAAGAAGUUUCUGCUGCAGUUGUUACCAAAGAGAGAAUCACAGUCAGCCCUCACAAACAAAUGGCUUCUUAUACAGUGGAAAGGAGCCAUAUGGUUUCUUCUUUUUCGCCGGUCAAGUCUAAUCUGAAGGUGUCGAGCAAAAGAGGUCACGUGAAAGGAAGGCUCAACUUCGAUGACACUGAAGCCACAAUGCAUUUCGACGAACCUGCCACUAGAGAUUUGGUUUCAACUUCUUCAUCUGGCUCCGAAGGAGAAGCUGGUUUGUUUGACUUGGAUUUCUCCAACAUAGAUAUUCUGAGUGAGAACUUUCCAUUUUCGGAGCUGCUAGUCGAUUUUGAUCUUGGUUGUGAAGCAACGCCAGACCCUUGUCUGCCACAACAACCCUCAAACUCCCUCAUAGAGACUCCUUCAGGGUCAUCUCCUGAAUCAAUGAACCGGAAUCUAGUGCCUGACCAGGUUGUAUCAGAGUAUACAUCAACAAUGACACAAGUGAUUCAAGGAAAAGACAUGAACACACAAGGAUCCGACUCCAUGACUACUGUAAAGUCCAUAACAAAAUGCCUAAGAAUCUUAAGUCCAGCCAAGAGUUGCAAUCAGAGAAGCCACAAUUGAGUGAUUUGAUCUACACUUCAGCUCCCAAAAUGAAAAAUGCAGAUCCUCUUCUCCUUGAUAUUUUCAUGGCUUUCAAUGUAAAGCAGAACCCUUUGAUGUAUUAUGUACUAUAUUGAAAGAUGUUUCUGAUACGAGUAAUCAUGCAUUAACAGAGUAUAGGACCAUAGGUAUAGUCUAUACCUGAAUGUUUUAUCAUUC